AAAUGAUACUCCACCGAGAUACAGCUCAGAUGACAGAUGAGACAGAGGACUCAGCAUUGGAACAUUAAGGAUUUUCUCAAUGCUCUCAAAGACAAUGGACUUGUAGAUUCACACCCAAACAAGUGAGUGAGGAGCUAUCUAGCAACCAUGAGUAUGUCUAUCACCUGUCUCCGCUUUGCCAUCCUGACAUGUCUCAGCGUCACACUCAGUGGCAACAGUGUCGACUUAAACACCACCCUCUCCUCCGUGCCGACACUGGCUAGUUCCCAAGAUACAUCACUAUCACCCAGAACUGAUGCACAGUCCACCAUUCAUCCGACCAGACCACUGAAUGUGACUGAGGUCACCAGCACAUUAGGAUACACCCAGCUCAUAGGGAACAGAAUGACACCAAUCACCAAGUCUUCAGUCACUGCUGAUGCAACCAUAUCAGAGGAAACAGACGAAAUGUCCUCGGCAACACCAACAGCAGCAACACCAAAAUCAACAGCAACAACUUCAUUAACAUCAACGAAGUUAACAUCAACUACAACCACUGAAUCACCUUCCACUACAUCACCUAGUACAACACAUUCUACUACAGCAUCUUCACCAACAAGUGCCCCAGGAAUCAACAUCAUUAGAAUCAAAGGCAAGAGAAAAAAAUUGUCCUUGGAAGAUAUAGCAAACUCUGCCUCUACAACAACAAUUGCUAACAAGCCUGCAAACAAGAAGACAAACAGAAAGAAACGGAAGCCGAGAAAGAUGCAGUCUCCCAAACAGAAUGAAAACCCAAGAUCAAACUCCAAGAAAUCCUCCAGGGGCACACAGUCCAAGAAGAAGCCUGCGACUCCAACUACUCCCACUGCUACUUCUCUGCAUGGAGCCAGAACAACAGCUGCCCCACUGUCACCAGAUGCCACCAUCAGGGUCCACACCAUAGACACUGGCGUCAAACCUGUAGCAUUUGCUGCAGCAGCCGCUGGUAAGCAAUAUAAAAAGAAAAACGCAGGAAAAGGAAAGAAAGGGUCGAGGAAAGCAAACAAAGCACAGGGGAAGAAGGGGGACAAGGGUCCUGCGGGUCCUCCAGGUCCCAAGGGCGCCAAGGGUGAGCCGGGGGCUGCCCAGGCAUCAAUGGCCAUGCAGGCUGCCUCAUCCUCUGUCCUCACAGAACACUUCGGGCCGGACACGGACGUCAUUGUGCCCUUUGAUCUCAAACUGAUUGACCUUGCAGACAACUAUGACAACACGACCGGUGUAUUUAUUUGUACAAUUCCUGGUGUAUACGUAAUAUCUCUGUAUCUCAUGUCUCACCCUGGCGCCAAGGUAAAUGCUCGUAUCUUCAUCAACAGUCGACCAAUCGCAGCCCUCUGGGCAGAUGACAGUAAGAACUCUGGGUUUUACCCAUCCAGUAGCAUACAGACAAUCAGUCGGCUAGAGUUUGGUGACCAGGUGUACGUCAUGCUGGUUGAUGGAGGGUAUGGAGAGAGCUGGGUCCACGCGAACUAUAACGCCUUUACUCUCUUCCUCCUGUACGAAGAGAUCUUCUUCAAAUAAACUGGGCACUAUUCCACAAAGCAAUCAUAGAGUUAUGAUGAUCGUUACUUGGAUACGUUUACAUUCACUUAUGAUAGUUGUAGCACUAAGAUCGCUUUGUGGAACAGAGCACUACCCUCUCUAUCAACAAAGAUGACCGACAGACAGAUCUCCAUGCUUCACCUGUCUGGUAAAAAAAUUGACAAUGUUCCUUGUUUCCUUGUUGAAAUUCCUUGUUUAGCAAACAUUUUUUGUUGCCAUGGUUACCAUGUGCGGUACUGAUUCUGAUGAAUCAAAAUAUGUAUUGUCUAUGUUUGUAAGUCGUCAUGUUUCAUACCAAUUUUUAUAUAAAUUAAAUAUGCAAAAACCAAA